AUGCAAACCCCCAUCAAGGCAGCUGUGGUGCAUCCGGUCACGACGUAUCGCUGGACAGGCAGCUGGAAGCCCACGGGCGAGGCUCACCGCAACCUCAGCGUUAGCGUCACGUGCGCGCCGGAGGACCCUCGCCACCGCCGGAUGUCCUGGAACGGGGCCGCUACCAGGGGCGACGACGACGACGACUGCGACUACCCGCGGCGGCCGAAGACCUCCCGAGCGCACUCCAUGGUGGCCUCACCCACGCGCGUGCGGUUCAUCUACGAGGACGAGGACGCCAAGGCGCGCGUGUGCGGCAACGUGGAACGCCUGCUCAACGUCGUGCAGAAAGACCCCGAAGCGAUGACAACCAACGCGCGGGUGGCGCGCAAGGUGCUCAAGUACCGCCGGGUCAUGGGGAGGCUCGACGACGUGAACGUGGAGGACCCCGACUUCGACGCGUCCGCGUUCUUCGGCAUCGAGUGGUGCCGCGUGGGUGCCCCCUCAAGUUGA